AUGAAUAAAAUAUAAUUCAACUCUUUACAGGUAAAAACUUCUAAAUUAGAAUUCACAAUACCCAAGCCACCUUUGAAUUAUAUUGUAAAGCAAGUUCAUCGCUUAAAAUGUGUGAUAAAGAGUAAAAAGGAUGUAGAACUCAUAAUGGAUUAAAUAAAUUUUAUUAUUGAAUUGCUAAUUGCAGGAUAAGUAUAUAUAUCACUUAGAAUUUAAGUUUGGGACUCCAUCAUUAGCGUAUUUAAAUGAAUUGCGUAACACAUUAAGAUCGACUAUACAUUCAUUCGAAUAAGAUUAAUUGGGAUUUGUAUUGGCUAAUAUGGAGACAUUGAAGAAGUUGACAAGCUUAGAUUAUCUAAAAGGAUUAAAAAAGGGGAGCUCUAGAAAUUUGAAGAUUGCUAAUUAACUUUAGAAGUAUAUAUAUAUUAAUUAUAAUUUUAGAAUCUAGAAAAGAUUACUUUCAGUAAUAAGAAAUGUUUAUGGUCAAUAAGUGUUAUUCUGGUUGGACGAACAUUAGCCAGAAUAAAGUACUGCUUUGCGUAGUAAGCGUAUAUUGGUUGAAACUAAAACGUAAAAUAAAAUAAUCAUUAAUUAAUUAAAAUAGAUUAAUACAAAGUAAAUUAAAAGGAUUAGAUUUAGAAAAGCAUAAUAAAAUAGUGUGUCGAAUAUGUGAGCAAUUGAUAGAAGUAGAGAUUAUGGCAGCUCAUUGCAUUACCUGUUAAAAGAAGGCUGAAUAGAGCAAGAAAUUAUUAUAACUAAAUUUAUAAUUAGCAGAUGCCUCCUAAUCAGCAUAUAAAUUAAAGCAUGACGUUUAAAUUAAGUUGGGUAAAUUAAGCUUAUAAGAAUAAAAGAAAAAUAGAUAGAAAUUGAAAAAAUAAGAAGAGGAAAAAAAACCAUUAAGAUCACUUAGAAGGACUCACACAAUCCAUUUAUAAGACAAUAAACUCUAACAAGAAGAAGAUGAAAAGAAUAAAGUCAAAAAGUAGUUGGCUUUUAUAAACUCUGUAAUGACUAUUAUAGUCAAUUAUACUGAAAAGGUUUUAAAUAGUAAUAUUAAUAACGAAGAUAAUAAAAGUACGCAUAUUCUCAUAUUUAGUAAAUCGAAUAACAUUUGAUGAGUUAACUGAAGCAAAAUGUAAUUUAGAAAAUGAUCAAAACAAUGAGGAAGUUAUUGAUAUCAUAGAUAAAGCUCGUUCCUGUAUGUAUGAUAGAAUGGAAUACUUUAAAAUUCUAUAAAAUCUGGAAUCCCAACAAAUUUAAGAUAGUUAAAAGAUUAAACAAAAAACAGAAAUAGAUUUAAAAUAAAAGUAUAAGAAUUCCAAUUCAAGUUCAUUCAGAGUUUCUAAAUUUAAUCACAUAAGUGCCCCUACCUAGCAAAAAAACAAAAAAAGUGAUACAAUUUAUGAAGAAGAGGAUGACUUUAUUUCCUCAUCUCCAAAAAAUGCAAACAAUUAAAAUAAGAAAUAGAGUGUUAUUAUAAUGUCUUUAAUUAAGUAAAUAAUAAUAAUGAUUAUUAGUAAAGAUAAAUAUAAUGCAAAUAACGUUGGAAGUGUUAAUAAUAUUAAUAGAAGGGAUAGUUUGACAACUAUGUCAAUGUCCAGAUCUUAAGUGCUUGGAAGCAAUCAAAUCAAAAGAACAUUUUAAUCUAAAACUAAUUUUGAAGAUUAACCAUAAUCGCAAUCAAAUCCUGGCUCUAAAGUAUUAGAUAAGAUUGUAGCAAAUUCUUCUGAAACUGUGAUUAGUCCAUCUUCCAACAAACCAUCAAUUUUUCGUAAGGGUAAAUCUCCUACAACUAUCGAUUCUGUAAUUGAAUAUUCUAUUUAAUCUCCAACUGGAAGAAUCGGAUAGAGUGAUUCCUAGGAUGAAACACCCUAAAAUUAGAAUAUUUGUUCCUUUGCAGAUUUUGCCUAAUGCGAUUCAGAUUAAGAAAUUCAAGCUAAAAAGUAGUUAAUUCCAUCAAUCGGACUUGACAAGCAAAUGGAUUCAAUUGAAGAUAUUUAGAAAGACAAAGAAACAAAUUUGUAAAACUCACUUGAAAAUAUAAACUAAGGUUCAUCUGAUUAAGAAAUGAAUCAAUUUUAGAAUUCUAAUUCAAACUCAAACCAAGAAAUGAAAAGGUCUUCUUAAAAUAGUCUGAAGAAUAGUGGCAAUAAUAUUGAUACAAGAAAUUUACCUAAUGAUUAAGAUGAAUAAGAAUAAUUGCAUAUUGACUUAGGAGGAUGUAAUGAAACAGAGUAAAUUAUUGAAGCAUCUCAACAAUAAAAUUCACCACAAGGAAGAAUUCCUUCUGAUUUGAGUCCAAAUCAUUCAUUAUCCAAUAAAAAAUAGGAAAUUAUAUAGAAGAAUGAAAGGAAUUAAAUGAUUGAUAUCGACGAAUCUUUGAAUUAAUUAAAUAGAGGUUUGUUCUUUCAAUAAAAUUCCAGAAAUAAUAUUGCUAAGUAAAGUAUAUUCGAUUUUGAAGUCAUAACCGUUGAUAGAGGUUAUAAUUCAGAUUCUGAGCUUGUGAGUAUAAACGCUGAGAAAGCUAAUUAAUCUUAAGAGAUUGGAUUGAAAGAUUUUGAAUUCAUAAAGCCAUUAGGGCAAGGAGCAUUUGGAUGGGUAUUUCUAGUUAAAAAGAAAACUUCAGGGGAUUUAUAUGCUAUGAAAAUCAUAGAUUGUUCUUAAAAAGUAUGUUCUAUUUGAAAUAAUAAAAGUAAUUAGAAACUUAGUUGGAUACAUUAAAGGCAGAAAGGAACAUAUUUGAAAUUUUAUCUGGAGAUUUUGUUGUGAAAGCUUACUAUUCAUUUAGCCAUGAAUAAAAUUUAUGCUUUGUCUAGGAAUAUAUGGUUGGAGGAGAUUUCUCACAUAUUCUCAAGAUGUACACGGUAUAUAUUUGUAUUACAUUAAGGCUUUAGAUGAAGAAUACGUUCGACAUUACGUAGCUGAAGUAGUACUAGCAUUAGAGUAUUUAAGAUCCAAAAAGAUUGUCCAUAGAGAUUUAAAACCAGACAAUAUUCUAUUGGAUAAACAGGGUCAUGCUAAGUUGGCUGAUUUUGGAUUGUCAGAAGUUGGUUUUAAUAAUAGAUUGAAAUUGAAAUUGAGACAAUAAGAUAUUGAAUCGUAAGAAUUAUAUUUUUAUACUUAAGAAACACAAUCCCAGAAUUCGCAGAUCAUAAUGAUCCAUAAUAUGAUACUGUCUUUGAUUUAAAAUUGCCUUAGGCUCAACCUACCAUUAGAGGCAGCAUUUAAAAUUAUAGCAGUAAAAACAAAAGAAUAGUUGGAACUCCUGAUUAUAUUGCUCCUGAAGUCUUAAAAGGAGAGUCUUUAACUAAUAGUAGUUUAGAUUAUUGGAGUUUAGGAGUCAUCAUGUAUGAGAUGCUGUGUGGAAUUCCGCCAUUCAAUGAUGAUUCUGUUGAAAAGAUCUUCGAUAAUAUUUUAAACUAUAGAAUUGAAUGGCCAAAUGUGAGUGAUGUUGAAGAGGAAAGCAUAUCCCAUAAUGCUUAUGAUUUAAUGUGUCGGUUAAUGGAACCUGAUUAUACAAAAAGAAUUGGACAUGAAGACAUUAAUGAAAUCAAAGAUCAUCCUUUUUUUGAAGGGAUUAAUUGGAAUACCAUACUUUCUAUGCCUGGUUUAAUCGUACCGAAAAUGGUAUUAAAAGAAGGUGAAGCUGAUGGCAAAAACUGUGAAAAAGUUUAGUAGUUCCUUAACAAUUUAGAAAAGAAGGAAGUGAAAAAUUAAACAUUAGCUUAAAAGUUAAAAAGUUAGUUAUCCAACUUAGAAAGAUUGGAUUUAUUAGUUAAAUUAAGUUUAGAAGAAGCCAAUGAUAAACUGUAAUUAUUUGAAUUAAUUAUAGUUCUAAAAUCAGGAUAGAAGAAAACAAACUAAAAAGAACUUUAAAUAAAAUUGAUCAUUACGAAUAAGAACAUUAAAUGUAAAUGUUACUUUUGUAUGAAGAUGUUUUUUGAAUUAAC